UUUUUGUAGGUGUUUAUCUGCAGUCAAAAAAAUUACCACGGGAUGGCUGUCAAAAGAGAUAUGACAAAAUUAACUUCUGUGUUUACUGCAAGAAGGCGGUUAAAUCCAAAAUAUCUAGACAUCUCUUAACCCACAAGGAACGUCAAAAGGUUCUUCAAAUCCGACUUCUGCCAAAGAAAUCAAAGCAGAGGGAAAAUCUUUUCACAGAACUUGUGAAUGAAGGUAACUUCAAACACAAUAUAGAUGUUAUUAGUACAGGUGAAGGUGUCCUCAUUACAGCACGAAGAGAAAACAUCGAUCAGGAAAAACAUCAUUCACACCAAGAUUAUGUUCCUUGUGUAUACUGUAAAGGAUUUUACUUGAAAAAACUAUUAUGGCAUCAUCUCCAUUCGUGUAAAAUGCGGCCAAAUGAUACUAAAGGUGAUAAUAUGACGGACACAAAAAAUGCUGUACGGAAGGCCAAAAGCCUACUUUACGGUUGUUUGCAUACUGAAAAUGAAAAGGCUGUUGCAGAAAUGCUACGCACAAUGCAUGAUGAUGAUAUAAAGGAAGUUGUUAAAAAAGAUACUAUUAUUAAGUUGUUCAGUUCAAUGCAGGUGUGUGCAUUGGGAGGGAAACACAUACAGAAGAAAAAUGAUAUGCAUAGGAUUAGCCAAAAUGCUAGGACCUUGGCUCGUCUAGUGAUAAAAGCAAGUGAGCAUCUGCCAAUGGUCAGCUUGAACAAGCUUCUUUGUAAAGAUAACUUUGACCUGGUUGUUAAUAGCACCUUGAGUCUGUCGCAUAACAGUGUCACCGUUGCUAACAAAAUGGGUCAUCUGCUUGGUCAUUGUAUAAUGAUUAAAAAUGGCUAUUCUGUAAGACGCAAUUCAAAUGAAAUGGCAGAGGAAACAAGACUGUUCAAAGUGUUGUUUGAUGCAGAAUGGAAAUAUCGAGUAAAUGCUCCAAUGACAAGACAGAAAACUGUUCGUGAUAUGAACAAAUUAACGUGCAUACCAGAAACCGAUGAUCUUGUCAAGUUCAGGGAUUAUAUAAAACAGAUCAUAGAGAAUGAAGUCAGAGUUCUUCGUGCUUGUCCUAAUCCUGGAAGUUGGACUAGACUGGCAAAGGCGACUAUGUGCAGACUGUACAUUUUCAACAAAAGAAGAAUUGCAGAAGUUGAAGACAUGCUCCUGGAAGCAUACCAGAACAGACCAGAGUGGACGGGGACUGAAGAGUUUCGUGCCUCAUUGUCUGACACUGAGAGAGAGUUUGCAAAAAGAAUGGACAUGCUUGAAGUGCGUGGAAAAUCAAAGAAGAAUGUGACAGCAUGUAUAUUAUUAACUCCAGAUGUAAAAUCAGCUAUAAAUGUCCUGGUGGAGACAAGAAGUAGUUCAUUGGUAUCAGUUCCAAGAGACAAUCCCUAUCUUUUCUCCAGAUUAAAUGCUCUUACUCCAUUAUCUGGCAGUCGAGCUAUGCAUGAAUUGGUUCGAGAAUGCCCGGGACUGCAGAGGCCUGAAAGGAUAACAACAACCUUAUUGAGAAAAUACAUUGCUACAGUGUCACAGAUUCUUGACAUGACUCAUGGUGAACUAAAAUUGCUUGCAAAGCAUCUGGGACAUGAUGUGAAGACACACAAGGAAUAUUAUCAGUUGUCUUCCAGUACCAUGGAACUCUCAAAGGUUGCCCUGAUGUUGUAUGCUGUUGAAAAUGGUAAAGUCAAUGAGUGGAAGGGAAGGCAGAUGAAGGACAUAGUAGUAGAAGAUUUACCUCUUCCAAUUGAAGACGAAGAUGGCCAUCAAGAAGAGUCCAUGUCAACUGCUGACAGUGAAGAGCCAGGCAGUCUGACCCAUGAUAGGAGGGAGCCAAGUGAAGAGCCAGCCAGUCUGACCCAUGAUAGGAGGGAGCCAAGUGAAGAGCCAGCCAGUCUGACCCAUGAGUCCAUGUCAACUGCUGCCAGUGAAGGGCCAGCCAGUCUGACCCAUGAUGAAAUGAGGCAGCCAAAUCCUCAAGGGACAGGGACAAGAAAAGGAAUGAAACGAAAGUGGGCCAGCGAAGAGAACAUAUGUUUCAUGAACUUUUUUAGAGAUGAAUUAAGAGAAAAAAUAAUGCCAUCUGGCUCAAAAAUAAUGGGGUCCCUAAAAAUACUUACCGGAAGAACAGUGGCCCAGAUAAGGGCAAGGGUCCAUAACAUUAUUAUGAAAAAACAAAAAUGGAAAAAGAAUUGUUGAACUGUGGAAUAUGUUUAUGCCCCUGGUAGGGUGGCAUAUAGCAGUUGAACUGUCCGUCAGUCAGUCAGUCUGUCCAUCUGGCCGAAAACUUAUAUGGCCAUAACUUUUUCAAUAUUGAACAUAGCAACUUGAUAUUUAUACCCCUAUUACAAUUGGUAAUGGGGGCUAUAUAGGAGUCACGUUUGUCGGUCUGUCCCGAUAUUUCAUCCGAUCUUCACCAAACUUGGUCAGUAGUUGUAUGUAGAUAAUGUCUAGGUCAGUUUGAAUAUGGGUCAUGCCAGGUCAAAAACUAGGUCAUGGGGUCACUUAGUAUGUUUUAAACUGUAAGUUUGUACGGACCAUAGCUAUGUCAUUUAUUGUUACAUUUUUAAAUGACUCGGUACAUUUGUUCACCAUCAUGGAACGGUGUGUCUCGUUAAAAAAAAUUACGUCAAUAUCUCAAAGGUCAAGGUCACACUUGGGAGUUCAAAGGUCAAAUGCUUGUCCGGGCCAUAGCUUUGUUUUUUAUUGUGAGAUUUUAAAAUCAUUUGGCACAUUUGUUCACCAUCAUUGAACAGUGUGUCGGGCGAAAGAAUUACGUCGAUAUUUCCAAGAACAAGGGCACAAUUUGAGUUUAAAGGUAAAAAAUGGCCAUAAUUGAGCUUGUCUGGGCAAUAACUAUGUUGUUUAUUGUGCGAUUUUAAAAUCGUUGGCUCUUUUGUUCACCAUCAUUUGACGGUGUGUCGCGCGAAAGAAUUAUGUCGAUAUCUCCAAGGUCAAGUUCGUAGUUUUAGUUCAAAGGUCAAAAAUGGCAAUAAAUUAUCUUGUCUGGGCCAUAAAUAUGUCAUUCAUUGUAAGAUUUUAAAAUGACUGUACAUCAAUUUUGUUCAAAGUCAUUGGAAGGCUUGUCAUGUGAAAGAAUUCAAGAGUUCAAAGGUCAAAAUGGCUAUAAAUGAUAAUGGCAUAAUGAUUCUUAAAAAAUCGCCAUAAAUUGUAUUAUCUUGUUUUGUGAAGACAGCAUACAAAAUAAUCAAUCAAUCAAUGCGGUAUGUGGGGGUAACAGACAAAGCUCCAGUUGGCAUGCAUGUGCAUCUUGUGAAGCUGCACAUAUUGAGUGGUGAAAAGUGAAGGUCAAGGUAAUUCUUCAAGGUUAAAUGUUAAAUAUAUUGCUUUUGUCCGUCCGUCUGAAAACUUUAAAAUUGUGCCAUAACUUUUGAGCUCACCUGAGUGCAACAUGCUCAUGGUGAGCUUUUGUGAUUGCCUUUUGUGCGUUGUAUGUCGUCAACAUUUUGCCUUGUGAACACUCUAGAUUCCACAUUUAUUGUCUGAUCUUCAUGAAAUUUUGCAGAACAUUUGUCACAUUGAUACCUCGACUGAGUUCGAAACUGGGUCAUGCUGGGUCAAAAAUUAGGUCACUAGGUAAAAAAAACAACAAAAAAACUUGUGAACACUGUACAAGUCCAAUCUUCAUGUAACUUUGUCAAAAUGUUUGUCUAAAUGAUAUUUUGGUUGAGUUAAAAAUUGGUUCCGGUCCGUUGAAAAACAUGGCCGCCAGGGGCGGGGCAGUUUUCCUUAUAUGGCUAUAGAGAAACCUUGUGAACACUUUAGAAGUCAAAAUGUUUGCCUUAUCAUCAUGAAACUUAAUCAAAACAUUGGUUUUAUUUAUAUUUUGGACGAGUUCGAAAAUGGUCCAGAUCAGUGAAAAAACAUGGCCGCCAAGGGGCGGGGGAGUUUUUCUUAUAUGUCUUUAGUUAAACAUUGCUAACACUCUAGAGGCCACAUUUAUUGUCCAUUCUUCAUGAAAUUUGGUCAGAAGUUUGGUCUCAAUGAUAUCUUAGACGAGCUGAAAAUGGUUACGUUUGCUUGAAAAACAUGGCUGCCAAAGGGCGGGGCAUUUUUCCUUAUAUGGCUAUAGUAAAACGUUGUGAACACUCUAGAGGCCACAUUUAUUGUCCAAUCUUCAUGAAAUUUGGUCAGAAUAUUUGUCUCAUUAAUAUCUUGGAUGGGUUUGAAAAUUAUUAUGUUUGCUUGAAAAACAUGGCUGCCAUGGGGCGGGGCAUUUUUCCUUAUAAAAAUGGCUAUUGUAAAAUCUUGUUAACACUCUUGAGGCCACAUUUAUUUUCCGAUCUUCAUGAAACUUGGUCAGAAUAUUCAUCCCAAAAAAUAUCGUGGACAAGUUAAAAAAUGAUGCUGGUUGGUUGAAAAACAUGUCCGCCAGGGGGUGGGGCAUUUUACCUUAUAUGGCUAUAGUAAAACUUUGUUAACACUCUAGAGGCCACAUUUAUUUUCUUAUCUUCAUGAAACUUGGUCAGAAGAUUUGUCCUAAUGAUAUCUUGGAUUAGUUCAAAAAUAGUUUUGUUUGCUUAAAAAACAUGGCCACCAGGGGGCGGGGCAUUUUUCCUAAUAUGGUUAUGUAUCAUGCUUUACUAAAACAUUGUUAACACUCUGUAGGCCACAUUUAUUUUCCGAUUAUUAUGAAACUUGGUCAGAUGAUUUGUCCUAAUGAUAUCUUGGAUGAGUUCAAAAAUGGUUCUAGUUGGUGGAAAAACAUGGCCGCUAAGGGGGCGUGUCAUUUUUCCUUAUAUGGCUAAAGUAAAACCCUGUUAAAACUCUAGAAGCCAUAUUUAUUGUACGAUCAUCAUGACACUUUGUCAGAAGAUUUGUCCCAAUGAUAUUUGGACAAGUUUGAAAUUGGUU